UUAAGACGCUUAAAUUAAUGGCGGUCGACCUGAAGGUGAUGCAGGGGGAAGAUUAAAAUCAUCCGAAAUUUACCGACGAAUUAGAUCCUGACAUGCACACUGGCUAAAACCAUAAGAUUCUUCAAAGGCCGCAUAGCUACCAAGAUGGCUUGGCUUCUCGGUGCUAGUGGAAUAGCACUUGUUGCGAGUUAUGUUUAUUCAAACUGGGACUGGUACAAGAACAGUGCAAGGCCUGAUUUAGCUUACUUGAAAGCCAUUAAACUCAAAACUUUAGAUGGAUCGGGAAGAGAAUUGAUGGCAUCUGACCUUUGGCAAAAUAGUGGAGCAGUCAUAAUGGUGGUGCGACGACCAGGAUGAAACUUGUGCAGAGAGGAAGCGUCAGAGCUGUCCUCUCUGAAACCUGAACUGGACCAGAGGGGUGUAAACCUUGUGGGUGUGGUUCAUGAAGAAAUGGGAGUGAAAGAGUUUCAGCCAUAUCUAAAUUCUACAAUUUACCUUGAUGAGGAGAAAAAGUUUUAUGGUCCUGAACAACGGUGGAUGUUUCUUACUGGAUUGUUACGACCAAGUGUGUGGAAGUCAGCAUUUCGAGCCAGAGGCAAGGGAAUUGAGGGCAACCUUAAAGGAGAGGGACGCCUCUUGGGUGGUGUCUUUGUUGUAGGACCUGGAGAGCAAGGCAUAUUACUUGAUCAUAAAGAAAAAGAGUUUGGUGAUAAAGCUGACCUUCAAGCUGUUAGAGAUGCAGUUUUGAAAAUAAAGUCAAGUAACUAGUUAUAAGAAUGGAACUGUCCAAUAAGAAAAUAAUUUUUAAUUUAUUUACUUGAAAACAACUAGAAGGAUAUCCUUUUUUGAUCAGUCAAUUGGGAUCAUAUCUUUGUGAGGUAAAAAAGCUACCAUACUUUUUUACUAUUACUUUUUUUUCUUUUU